CGGACGGACGGAACGUCUGCUAAAUAUUGUGUCGUGUGUUUUGUGCAUGCAUUUUUCGCAUUGAACACAUCACGUACAUAUGCACAACACAGUCACAAGACACAAUCAGUAUGGAGGACUAACGUUGCGACAGUGGAUAAACAUAGCGUUGACAAAACAUGUUUCACUAGUGAGUUCCUGAGUUUUAUACAGAGCAACGGACAGACGACAUAACUAAGCAGUAAAGUUUGAACAAUACUUUGAGUAGUAGCCAGUCAUGGAGGACCAAGGUCCGCGAGUGGCCAACUACUUUGUGGUGGCUGGCUUGACAGAGAAUUCCAGGCCACUCGAAGAGGAGAUCCAGAGUGAGGGCUUACGUCCGCAGCGCUCCGUCGCCCCGAUCACCGACGUUGCAAUCAUCAUUCGUGGCCAAGGGGAAAAGCCCCCUGCAGGUUUUACAGUUAUUGAGACCACACCGUCCGGCUUGGUAGCAGACCUCAACCAUGGAAGUAUUGGCAGCUCCUCCAUCUUCCUAUGCUUUAAGAGAGGGUUUGAUAAGCUACCUCUCACUGAUAUUGGAAUUCUUCAUGAAGGGAAAGAGCGAGUGAUGGCCGGCUGUGAGAUUGUGAGCACCACCCCUAACGGUAACCCUGCUAAUGUGAACACCAGAAUAGGCGUCGGUAGUCAAAGAGCCUAUCUGACCUACAGAAGAGCAUCGGAAACCUCUCCUCAUAACUCACUGGCUGUUAUAGAUAUUUGUGUUAUUUUUACUAAUAAGGGAGAGACGCCACCACAUGCAUUCUGCCUGAUCAACAAGAACUUAAACAAAGGAAGUAUGGUUGGAUCCGAUGUCUACCUGUGCUACAAGAAGUCUGCAGUUAGGGGCAACUCAUUACCCUACCAGUCAGGAAUUUUAAGUAGAUACCCUCUUGAAGAUGAUGAGGAGUUCCCGCUACCAGACUCGGUGUCAAGGUUUUGCAUGCCCCUCGGUGCAACCAUAGAAUGCUGGUCCACGGCACGCCACCAUCCACUGCCCGUCUUCUCUACAUUUGUCUUGACUGAUAGUGCUGGGAAAAAGGUGUAUGGUGCGGCCGUCACAUUCUACGAAGGCUACCCAGAAGAGAAACUAACACCGCAGCAACGCAAAGAUCUCGGCAUCAAACCGGAGAAGAAGAACGUAACAUUAAACUACAGUGUACACACCAACAAGUGUGUGUGCCUGCUGUCAAGAUGGCCAUUCUUUGAUGCCUUCAAGAAGUUUCUCACAUUCAUCUAUAGGUUAUCAAUAUCGGGGCCUCACACGAUACCAAUUGAAAGGCAUAUCUCCCACUUCAUGAAUGAAGUAAUUUUCCCCACACCUCAGAGGCCAAGAAUACUAAUGGAGCUUGGUCACGACUCUCUGGUCCUAGCUCAGCCACAGACGUCCCCCAUGCCACUUAGCGGAGCAUCCUUCUGUGCCAUGCUGCGUAAUCUAGCGCCUGACAACAGCAUGAACAUGCUGGCAUUUGUUCUAUUGGAGCACAAGCUGUUGUUACACUCCCUCAGACCGGCGUUGCUUACCGGCGUGGCAGAAGCUGUAUCUACGAUGAUCUUCCCCUUUGUAUGGGAAUGUCCAUACAUCCCCCUGUGUCCACUAAGCCUAUCCACCGUGAUCAGUGCCCCGUUACCGGUCAUCGUUGGAGUAGAUUCACGCUAUUUUGAUAUGUACGAACCAGCCACGGACGCAACCUGUCUGGAUAUCGACACCAACAGCAUACUGCAGUCCGAUGAGAGAAAGCCAAUUACGUGGAAAAUCUUGCCAAAGAAACCAGCUAAGCGUCUACACAGCAAUCUAAACAAGCUGUACUUUGAGCUGUGUGAGUCUGGUAUCGGAGAUGGUGUAUCUGAUGACCAGGCUGUGGAGGUGGCACCUCUAGACGAUGACUUCAGCCGCAAGAAGAAACAGUGGCAAAUGGAGCACAGAAUCCAGGAAGCAUUCCUGACGUUCAUGGCAUCCAUGCUGAAGGGCUACAGUCACAACCUCCUUCCCAUCACUCAACAACCCAACCACAGAGUUACUGACGCCAGUGCACGCUUUGACUACCCAGGUUUCAUGAAGACAAGAGAGAAAACAUCUCAUCCCUUCUUCAAGCAGUUUCUCAAGACGCAAAUGUUUAUCAAGUUCAUCGAGGAACGGUCGUUUGUAUCUGGAAAUGAUGAGAAAUUUGCCUUCUUUGAUGAAUGUGUAGAUAAGAUUGAAGGAGAUGGACGUGAGGAGGCCCAGUUGAUUGAUGUGGAGGAUCAACAAGGAAGUGAACAUACAGUGUUUGUCACUCCUCCAGACUCCAAUGGCUUCGGGGGAGAAGAAUACAUCUAUGACAAGUUCCCAGUCCUUCAGAAGAGGCUCUUCCAUCCCUUCAACCACAACAGGCCCCAGAUCCCCAACAAGACGCCGAUGAGUAGUAGGAGUCUACGAGGCAGCGGGCAGCAGAGUAGCCCCUUCCCAAGGAGGACCAAGCAUGAGAUCAAACAGUCUCAGAAGAUGGCCAAGCAGCAGGCCGCAUCACCUGAUCAAUGGGCAAGUUUCCUGCUGGGUCAGUGCUAUGCCCUUUGGUUCCUUCAUCUACCUUCCUAUGUCAAAGCAACGCAUUCCAAGACUAGAGCUCUUAGAACGGCCUUUGAGGUCUUGAAGAGAAUGCAGGCUCAGGAGCUACAGCUGGCUGAUGAGGUUUGCUAUCGUAUUCUGAUGCAGCUAUGUGGUCAGUACAGCCAGCCUGUAUUGGCAGUCCAGGUCUAUAUGGAAAUGAAGCGACGUGGAAUCGAACCCAAUGCUAUCACCUAUGGCUUCUACAACAUGGCUGUACUUGAGAGCACAUGGCCCGCCUCCGGGUUCAGCGGCUACCAGCAGUGGGUCAAACUACGCAACACCCUCCGAGCGGUCACCCUCCUCCGGCGGGGUCUGAACCACCGACGUAGCAUCUACUCGGACACCAGCAGUGAGGUGGACGUAGGGAGUGGUACCAGUGGGGACAGUGGGUCCUCAGACCCCUUACCUGACGGCCGGGGUGAUGACCUCAUCCAGCUGAUAUCGCAGCCGACUAACUUGACUCGAGAGGAAAAGAGCAGCACUGGCAACUCUGAUAUGGGGUAUAGCUCCAUGAUCAUGGAUGAAUCCGCACCCAACGAGGUCCUGGCCUCGCCUGAACUGUCCCCGAUCCGCUAUGGGACGGAGAAGAGCUCCAGCAGUGACAGUGAAUCCAGGGAUGAGAUCAAGGAGGAGGAGGAAGAGGGAGGCGAGGUCGGAGGUCAAGCUGAGGAGUCCACCAAGAGACAAGAAAAUGUUGAUGUCGAUCUGAUGAAACAUGAUGCAACAGAUUCAGUGGGUGCUAGCAGUGCUGCAUCAACCCCGGUUUCCCAGCCUGUGGCGAUCUCCGUUGAUGGGGGUAAAGUGCUGAGUGAACCCACGGAGCAGGCUGACAGCAAGCUGGCCAACGAUUCUGGUACCUGCAUAGUCAGACAUGGCCGGAGUAGCUUAGGGAGCACUGGGAGCAUGGGUACAUUACAAGGCAGCACGGGGAGCUCAACUGGUAUGGUACUCAACAACCAAAUAUCCUUGGAGAAUUCCGUUGAAGAAAGUGUAUUCGAAGGAGUUGACACCAAGGAACCGAACACUGAAACCAGCGAAAGAAGGCGCCAUCGUAGUGCCGACCAUUCUUUCACCUUUCCAAUGCAGGGCUCACUGCACAAGCGCAACAAAAGCGGUGAUGCCAGCUCUCCGUUUGGACUAAGCCUCUCUAGCCAUGGGAGCAUCGACAGAGAUUCCAGUGUCUCAAUGGAGUUGUUUGGAAGUGACGCCAAAAUCCUGGAGGGCAUCACGGACGACGAGUCAGCAAUUGCCACCUCCCCUCUCGGAGGAAGAACUAGUAGUAUUCACUGUCGCCCCUCGCCGAACCUCACCGAGGUCAUAAAAGCACCACGAUCGCACUCUGUUGGGAGUCGGCCGGAAUUUUUAAGUCACAGGACUCCAAACGGAAGCAUCUCAAACCAUGAAAAUAAUCUUUCCAAGCAAACUAAUAGUGACAGGACAGUUAUGACAACUUCAGCACAGGAUUGCAAGAAGGAUCUCUUGAUAUCGUUUGAGGAGGAAAACACGGUCGAAGUAAACAAUGAAGUCAAGACGGACAAAGAUAGGGCAGGAACGGAGAACCAAGGCAUUCCAGAUCUUCUUGGUUUAGGACUAGAACCCCUGCCUAACGGGGAAUGUACUGUAGGCAAGAAAGAGAAGGACCUGGUGGAUUUAAGAACUGAUUGGAAUGACACGAUCGAGGAGGAGAACAGUGAGGAAGUUGCAGCUGAGGACGAAGCAACUGAGAUGGAGAAAGAAGAUGUACCUCUUGAAGAGGCGCCGUCAUCUCCCAUCUACUCAGGAGGCUCUGCGGACAAUUUGGACUCCAACAGCUCUCGAUCGGGCUCCAGAGACAGCCUGGAUUCCAAUAGGGACAGGACCACUCCCCGUAAGGGAAGUCUCUUCUCCGGAAUCAGUGGAUUCACUCCUCGGAUCAACCGUCAAUCCCUGACCAAGACCCUCAGCAAUGCCUCCAACCAAAUGGAGACGUUCGGCACAGCGUUCAGGGCCAAGACAAUAGGAUUUGCCUCCAAGAUCGGGGAGUACACCCGGUCGUUUUCAUCCCCAGCGGCCCCCAAGCCUAUCCCGAUGAGGGCAUCCACUGCUGGGAGUCUGAACAACUUGGAAGGUGUGUCGCAGAAGGAGGAUACAGGUGAGAUGGCUCAUUCAUGGAACGAUUCGUUCAUGGAUAAUAUCUCACUGGGUAAUAUGGGAAUUCAUCUGCAUGGCUCGUCAUUAGAAGGAAGUUGCCAGUCACUAAACCAACCAGGUCAAGACCAGGAGGAUUGCGCAACACGUCGACACGCAAUCGAGGUUCACGUCACUAGCUGUUAUCAAUGCUUCAAAUGCCAAGCCAUGCUGUAUGACGAGGCCGUUAUGGCUGGAUGGUCGGCUGACGAGUCCAAUCUUAAGACAAGUUGCUGUUUCUGCCAUGCUCAGUUAGUGCCCUUUCUCAACAUCGCCAUGCGAGACUUCCGUAACGAGGCCACCAUGCCGGUCUGCACCAUCACUCCGAGCCCAUCGUCGGAGAGCAUGCAGAGCCUCCACUCCGCAUCGCUAAUGAAGAGAAAGGAUAGUAACCAGACCGAGGAGGAGCUGAGUGCAUCCAAGAAGAAAUCAGAGUCCAUCCCGAGUGUGGAUAAUCUGUCACUAGAAGAGGAGCAAGAGGAAGAUGUAGAUGAAAAAGAUGGCAACCUUCCUUCCCGUGAGCAACCAGCCAAGAAGGCCCCUACACCUAAGCAGCCAGUCAAGGCUAGUCUAUCAGCCGGAGAAGCAACACUUAGAGGUGAACUAAGGUCACCUAGGCUAUCACCGAUGUCCACUAGAAGGCGGUCGUCUAGUGAGUGUAUGACCUCAACUGACCUCUCCCUCAAAGGUCAAAUCAAUGGAGGACGUGCCAUGACCCUACCCCGCUGCAGACCCAUCGAGGAAUUCAAAGACUUCCACAGCAGCAACCCCGGCAGCAUGCCCUCCAGCGUCCGCAGCUCCAGGGAGUUCUUACCGCCACCCAGUAAGGACUGCAAGGUUGGACCGAUCUCCGUGCCGUACCUCAGCCCGCUGGUGCUUCGUAAGGAGGUGGAGAAUGUGAUUGAGAAUGAAGGGGAGGCUUGUCUACGAGCACCGAGCUUCGUAGUGCAACAUCCUAUUAUCUUUUGGAACUUGGUGUGGUACUUCCAGAGACUAAACUUCCCAAACUACCUGCAAGGGGUGCUACUGGCAGCUUACAGUGAGAACAGAGAUAAUGGCGAGAGUGUCCAGUGGUUAUCAACCGAUUCCCGCUACGUAAAGAUCAGCGUGCUAUGGGACAAUGUCAAACUGUACGAUGAGAACGUGCUUCCAAUGUAUAUACUAUGGGGCGCCCAGGGAAAUGCAUCCCUUGCUCCGUUAGUCAAAGAUCAACAGAUUUUCUCCAAACCAUUUAUGGUGCAGCUAGUUAAGUACAUCCGCUACAACAAUGUGUACCAACCAAUAGUGCUCCUAUUAGAAGAGCUGAAGAAACUAGGGGAGGACCAAUCAGGUCGACGUAGCAUCUACAGGGAGCUACUGUUCCUGUCCUUCGUAGCCAUGGGCAGAGAGAAUAUCGAUCAUGACGCAUUUGACCAGCAGUACCGUGAGGCCUUCUACAAACUGGAGAAAGAGAACGGACCGUUCGGCAAGUUGCUACAAACUGACGACAAGCCACCCCAACUCGCUGUCAACAUGUGUCGGAAAGCCUUUGGGGACCUCCUCCUGUAGUUGUUAGCCUGUCCAACCUACUUCGUAAAGCGUGACUCGGUUGUAGUGAUUCAGGAAUGCCUGGUAGAGGGAGCCCUUUAUGAGUGUCUCUCGACGUCUUCACCUGUUUAUUCAAGCACAUUUAUUACUGUACAAUGAUCCUUCAGAAUUGAUCAGGAAAAUGUUAGGAGAUGAUUUGCUUAGUGCACUCUAAUGGAUAAUGAUUAAUACUUCAUCACUUUGUAAGUGACUGGAAGUAAGAUGAAGUCUAAUAGGGUACAAAUAGCUAGGUGCUUACACAGGCUCAGUUUUUAUGGAGCUGCUUAGGCAGAAAAUUCCUGCUUAGUAGAAAUGAGCAGGAUACCAGUCACAAAGUGUACACGUGAUAUGGUAUUUUGGCUGGUAAUCUUAAUCUGGUAAGCAUAAUGUUGCUGUGCUUACCUACUUUUUGAGCUUAAGCAGCUUGAUGAAAUUGGACCCUGGGGUCAAUUUCACAAAGAGUUGAGACUAGUCCUCUCUUAGCGCAAGGC